AUGAGCCACAAAAAGACAGAAUCAGCGGCAUCGCCCGUUGCCAGGGUUUACACUUGGGCCAACAAAAACAAGCCUGAGGAUUAUUUUGACUAUGAGAAUAUAAGCAUAUCCUGGGGUUCGCCAGAGAAGUAUGAAAUCAUACGGAAGGUGGGGAGAGGAAAGUAUUCAGAAGUGUUUGAAGGCUACGAGAUCCCGGCGGGGAACAAGGUAGUAUUGAAAGUCCUGAAGCCAAUUAAGAGGAAGAAGAUCAAGCGUGAGGUGAAAAUAUUGCACAACCUGAAUGGAGGACCCAACAUCGUUGAGCUACUAGAUUUGGUGAGGGAUCCUAUCUCAAAAACUCCAGCUCUAGUCUUGGAACAUGUCGAUAAUGUGGAGUUCAGAAUACUAUAUCCGAAGCUGACAGAUUUGGAUAUCAGAUAUUACAUGUAUCAGUUACUGAAAGCCCUGGACUAUUGUCAUUCCAUGGGCAUCAUGCACAGAGAUGUCAAACCACACAAUGUUAUGAUUGAUCAUUCCAAAUCCAAGCUGAGACUCAUUGACUGGGGAUUGGCCGAAUUUUACCAUCCAAACACCGAGUAUAAUGUUAGAGUCGCCUCCAGGUAUUUCAAAGGACCAGAGUUACUUGUUGACUAUAGACUAUAUGAUUACUCGCUAGACUUGUGGUCCUUUGGAGCAACGCUUGCCUCAAUUAUCUUCCGGAGAGAGCCCUUUUUCCAUGGAAAGUCGAACACAGACCAGCUUGUGCAGAUUGUGAGAGUUCUAGGGUCUGAUGAUUUUGAAGAGUACCUCGCAAGAUACAACCUCUCCCUUGGUCCUCAAUAUGAGGAUUUGGGAUACUAUGGAAAGAAGCCCUGGGUGAGAUUCAUCAACACUUCCAACCAGCACUUGACUUCUGAAGAAGCGAUUGACUUCAUUGAUCGACUCCUGAGGUAUGACCACCAAGAGAGACUUACUGCAAAAGAGGCCAUGGCCCAUGCCUAUUUCGAUCCAAUCAGGGAGAAAGAUGCCACGAUAAACGGAGCCUCUAGCUGA